CAUCUUGCUAUCAUAGUGUUGUCAGGUGUUGUUCUCAAGAUGAAGUGACAAGGUAACUUCUAGUAACAAGCAAUUGAUACGAUCCCCCUCUAAACUGCUAGCAAUGCAGAUGGAUGUGAACUGGUUUGACGCAAAUGUAAGGGUGUUUUGAUACCUGGAGAUAACAAAAGAGUGCUACUCUUCAGCCCGUGCAGACCCCAUCUUCUAAACUCGAGAGACAAACUUAAUUCUCCCACCCACACACAUGACCACUGCGUUCCUCUCAUGCUGGGCCCAGCGCCAUGCCUGACCGGGAUAGUGCCUACCUGGCAGGUGGCGGCGGAGGAGGCAGUGGCACAGGAGUGGGCUCAAGUAUAGGCGAAGAGGCUGGUGCAGGUGCAGGCUUGGGAGGAGCAGAAGGCUGGGGGGGCAUUGGAGGAGGUGUUGGAGGAGGUAGUUCAGGAUCUUCAACCAUGGGUGGAGGAGGCGCUUUGGGAAAUGGAAAUGGCUGUGGGGGAGGGAGUGGUGGGGGGUUUGGCUCUGGUGCCGGCCUCGAUGGUGUGUGCAGAGAUUUUCUGCGGAAUGUUUGCAAGAGAGGAAAGCGCUGUCGCUUCCGACACCCGGACUUCAACGAGGUGCCUGAUUUGGGGGUACAGAAAAAUGAGUUCAUUUUCUGCCAUGACCACCAAAACAAGGAAUGUGUGCGCUCAAAUUGCAGGUUCGUCCAUGGCUCUAAGGAGGACGAGGACUACUAUAAAAAGACUGGGGAACUCCCACUCAGGCUCAGGGGCAAGGUGGCUGCGGGACUUGGCUUGUCUCCAACUGACCUGCCUUUGAGUCGCGGGGAAGUGCCCAUCUGCAGGGACUACCUUAAGGGUGAAUGCCAGCGUGGCAACAAAUGUAAGUUCCGCCACGUCAGGAAGGACUAUGAAUAUGAACCGACGCGUGUCGGCGUUGGCGGCGUCAUGGGUCCAGGCGGAGUGAGUGGAAUGGUAAAUGUGGGCGGGGUGGGAGUUGGAGGCACAGGCGGUGCCUGUGGGGGAAUGUCGGGGUUGGUUAGCGCCACCGGUGCCAACAUGAUGGGAAUGGGGUACUCCAACCUCGGGGGUUACAGGGAUCAGGGCAUGACGGGAGGAGGGGGCAGUGUGGGAGGAGGUGGCAUAGGAGGGUGUCUCUCGAUGGGGGCGUCUGGUCAAAGACGCUUUGAACGGGCAUCUGUGUACGACCCCUUGUUCGAGAAUGGCCUGUUUGAGGCGGGGCCUCUGGAGACUCCUAUGGAUCACGCAACGCUUCAGCUGAAGAGACGACGGCUGGAGGGGUUUCGCCUCGCUGAUGGAGCCGGAGGGGGACACUAUGAGCUGGGGGUGCAGGCCACCCUCCCAGUCCGCCCGCUGGAGUACAGGAUCCUGGAAGAAGAGAAUGCUCUCCUACGGAGAAGAGUUGAAGAGUUGAAGAAACAGGUAUCAAAUCUUAUUGCUACCAAUGAGGUCCUUCUGGAGCAGAAUGCACAGUUCCGGAGCCAAACCAAGGUCAUGACUCUCUCGUCAACCCCGGCGCCCUCGGAGCAGAGUCUGGUGCCCCCUGUUGGAUCAGUGAGCUCCUACAACCACGGCAUCGCCCAGACGCACACCACUCUAAGCAGUGCCGGCCUGCAGCCCCGACCCGUCACCCAGCAGGACCUGGUGGCUCCCACCGGAGCUCCUACGGCCCCUCCGUCUAACAGUGCUCCGCCCCCUGCUCCCCACCUCAACCCCGACAUCACCCCCCUGUCGGCAGCCCUGGCACAGACUAUUGCUCAGGGGAUGGCACCACCUGUGUCCAUGGCGCCAGUGGCCGUGUCUGUGGCACCGGUCGCCGUGUCAAUGGCUCAGGCGUUGCCAGGCAUCACUAUGAGUCACGCCACCACUCCGAUGGUGUCUUAUCCCAUCGCCAGCCAGAGUAUGAGGAUCACAACGAUACCACAUUGAGCCACGUGACUCAUUGCCAUGUGGCGGUAGCCUGGUGCCCUAGAUCCUUCACAUAUCCGUAUAUUAACCCUCACACUUGAGCCACAUCGCAACUUUAUAUUUUAUCUUUUAUCUUUUGUUGUCAUAUCAUGCUAGUUGUUUUGAAAAUGUGCGUAUAAAGUGGCUCUAUUUCUGAUCUGACCGUUCAAUGGCAGUUCAAAGGCUCGUCUAUUUGGAGGACCUGGACGUUCGUCCUGAUCUGCCUUUAUAGAUGAUGGCUUUAGAAAUGGUGUGAACACCUUUUAUGUCUUGACGUGUGAACUUGUGAAUAUGUGUAUGCCAAAGGAACUUCUGAAACGUUGGCAUUGAAAUACAUGUUGGCAAAUGUCAAAAAAGUAUUUGACAAGGAUGGAUCUUUGUUAAUACAAACACAUUGCCCUGGACAAGAUGAGUAAUAAUAAGCAAACAGACAACAGACUUUAUGCUACCAGGAGACCCUGAGUUUCACAUUUGUUAUUAACUCUUUUCUGGUUGGCUGUGAGUUUGUUGUUUUACAUAAAAUGAACAGUCUCAAA